AUGGCGCAGGAGAACGCCGCCUUCUCGCCCGCGGCCGAGGAGCCGCCGCGCCGCCGCGGCCGCCAGCGCUACGUGGAGAAGGACGGCCGCUGCAACGUGCAGCACGGCAACGUGCGCGAGACGUACCGCUACCUGACCGACCUGUUCACCACGCUCGUGGACCUGCAGUGGCGCCUCAGCCUGCUCUUCUUCGUGCUCGCCUACGCGCUCACCUGGCUCUUCUUCGGCGCCAUCUGGUGGCUGAUCGCCUACGGCCGCGGCGACCUGGAGCACCUGGAGGACACCGCGUGGACGCCGUGCGUCAACAACCUCAACGGCUUCGUGGCCGCCUUCCUCUUCUCCAUCGAGACCGAGACCACCAUCGGCUACGGGCACCGCGUCAUCACCGACCAGUGCCCCGAGGGCAUCGUGCUGCUGCUGCUGCAGGCCAUCCUGGGCUCCAUGGUGAACGCCUUCAUGGUGGGCUGCAUGUUCGUCAAGAUCUCGCAGCCCAACAAGCGCGCCGCCACGCUCGUCUUCUCCUCGCACGCGGUGGUGUCGCUGCGCGACGGGCGCCUCUGCCUCAUGUUCCGCGUGGGCGACCUGCGCUCCUCGCACAUCGUCGAGGCCUCCAUCCGCGCCAAGCUCAUCCGCUCGCGCCAGACGCUGGAGGGCGAGUUCAUCCCGCUGCACCAGACCGACCUCAGCGUGGGCUUCGACACGGGCGACGACCGCCUCUUCCUCGUCUCGCCACUCGUCAUCAGCCACGAGAUCGACGCCGCCAGCCCCUUCUGGGAAGCGUCACGCCGCGCCCUGGAGAGGGACGACUUCGAGAUCGUCGUCAUCCUCGAGGGCAUGGUGGAAGCCACUGGAAUGACAUGCCAAGCUCGGAGCUCCUACCUGGUGGACGAGGUGCUGUGGGGCCACCGCUUCACGUCAGUGCUGACCCUGGAGGACGGCUUCUACGAGGUGGACUAUGCCAGCUUCCACGAGACCUUUGAGGUGCCCACGCCCUCGUGCAGUGCCCGGGAGCUGGCAGAGGCCGCGGCCCGCCUCGACGCCCAUCUCUACUGGUCCAUCCCCAGCCGGCUGGAUGAGAAGGUGGAGGAGGAGGGGGCAGGGGAGGGGGCCGGUGGGGAAGCUGGGGCUGACAAGGAGCAGAACGGCUGCCUGCCACCCCCAGAGAGUGAGUCCAAGGUGUGA